AUGGACGGGUCCACAAUUUCACGAUGCAGUGCGGAUGCAGGAUUAUUUCCUCCCAGUCCAACCCCAGCUCAGAAGUGUGGCUGCCUUUUUACCAACAUCAAUUUCCCUGAUUUAGCCUCUGACGGUCAAGUAGUUUUCAUUUCAAACCUUGAGCGGCAGAUGACGGAUGAGCAAAAGGCUGUUUGGAUCCCGAAGGCGGAAAGAUUCGAGAUCUUAGGGUCAUAUGCACAAACUGAGCUCAGUCAUGGCUCGAACGUGCGAGGGCUUGAAACAACUGCUACUUUUGACCGCGCGACGGACGAGUUCAUAAUCAAUUCACCAACGGUGAGCAGUGCCGAGUAUUGGAUUGGGGCCACGGGGAUCUGGGCCACCCAUUCGAUAGUUGUCGCCCGCCUCAUUAUUGAUGGGAAAGAAUAUGGCAACCACCUCUUUCUCACCCAGUUACGCGAUCUUGAGACUCACAAAUUGCUGCCGGGAGUAGAGAUCUACGAACUUGGUCCCAAGGUGUUCCAGGGCAUGGUUGGGGUCCAUAAUGGAGCUAUGCAGGUCCACAAUGUCAGGAUCCCUCGAGAUCACAUGCUGGCGCGGAAUGCCCAAGUGUUGAGGGACGGCACCGAUAUUCCACCAAAAAAUACGAAGCAUUCAUAUGGCUCUAUGAUUACCGUUCGCGCAAUCAUGGCUGAAAUUACCGGUUACGAUUUGCUGAGAGCUAGCAGUAGCGUACCACUAUACGAAUUUCCCGUCAAAUAUCGCCUUCUUCCAUUGCUUGCCAAGGGAACCGCACUCGUGCUUGUUAGACAAGAUAUCAAUCGAGCUUUCGAUGAAUACAGUGAGCUGGUCAUCAAAACGGGGAACACCUCGCAACUUGAAGAUCUGCAUCUGCAAACCGUGGGCGCGAAAGUUUACUCCACUGAUAUAACUGCGAACGGCGUCGAAACUUGCAGAAUCGCGUGUGGUGAUCACGGGUAUAGUGCACUGUCAGGCUUCGGCCAGAUGUACGCUCACACUGUCAAUGCUGUCACGUAUGAAGGAGACAACUAUGUGAUUGCUCAACAAGCCCCGCGGGUCAUCCUGAAACAUUACAAAGCAAUUCUUAGAAGACCGGAGAGCAGCAGCAAACUGAACGUGUCUUCUGAAUCUGACUGGUUUGAGCCAGAUAACCAACAAUGGGUGCUCGAGCGCCGGCUACCGACCCUAGUCAAGGCUCAUAUGGAAGCCAGUGAUGUGAUGCUGGUAGAGAUACCAGUUUCACUGUUCACGAGCUCACCAUGGCACAUUGCGAUUUCGUCUACUGGCGAGGAUUCUGGGAUUCUCACAUCUGCCUAUGACAAAGCGAUCCAAACUCUGUCGGACUUCUCCAAAGCCAUCAUAGACGCGUAUGGCUUCGCAGAAUUCGAGAUGGAUAGUGCAUUGGCAAGGGCUGAGAUGAAUCCAUAUGAAGCGCUAGUUGCGGGUCCGAAAAAUAGCGACAUGAAUAAUAUGAGAGAUGUUUGGCCGGUAGAUUCGAGAAGGACAUGGGCCAAGUUGGAUGUUGAGGAGAAAGCGAAGUAG